UCUUCGGCUCAUUUUAACAAAUUUUGUAAUUUGUCGGUCAAUAUGUUAACUUUGCCGAAAAAGAGAUAGUUAUCUUUCCGUAAUGUCUUAGAAUAGCUACAAUGGUGGUAUAGGAGCACAUAUAUAAUCAAUUGAGUGCAAUAUAAACCAAUAUAUUGCUCACAUUGGUCUCGGGAAGAUCAAAAAUUUUUGAAAAAAUUGAUUUUUUCAUCCAAUUCAUUUCUCAAGUGGACAAAGAGCAAAGAACAAGAUAUUUAACAUCAUGGCUAUUGUAAAUCCUCCAAACGAUACUGGAUAUUUUGGAUGGGCGUACGAUGGAGUUGAUCACUCGAUAGCUGGUACAGGAGGGCCAGAGUGUAGGGACUUCAUUAGCCCAAAACAAAAACUAAUUGAGACGACUGUAUUUAUUUUGAUUUCUAUUCUUGAAAUGGCCUGGGCAUACCCACGGCUACAAGUACCAGACAAAGUGCCAUACACAGAAAGAUUCAAUGCAGGGAGUAAAAGACUAUUGUUAGUAAUAAUGUGUUUGACAUAUGGAAUAGAACUAGGGUUCAAGUUCGCCACGCGUCAAAUGAUUUGGAUCCUCAAUCCCUGUCAUCUAGUCACAAUGGUUCAGAUAUAUCUCCUGGCCGCCCCUCCAACCAAGCUUACAAUGGCUCUAUUCAGGAUGCAUAUGCACAUGUUCAGUGGAGCAACUCUAGCCCUUAUAUUCCCAGUAGUUAAUACAAGAUUGUUGCCGUUUGAAACCGCAGUAUAUUGGAUUCAACAUGGCAUGAUUAUCGUCAUCCCAUUCUACCUAAUGCGAAUAGGGGGACCAUUUAAGACAGAGGCUUUAAAGGAUAUGAAUUGGAUGAUCUUUACCUGUGGAGUUCUGUAUUUCAUAUACUGGUGCCCUAUCCAGUAUGCAGCAUACGUCUCCUGGGUAAAUAUUAACAGCAUGAUCUGCCCAGCUGUAUCUGACCCAUUUUAUGGCCCUUGGUAUCGCAUAUACCAUGGGACAUUACAGGGAGUCCUCAUAGCUAUACAUGGGAAAACAUAUACAGCUAUAGCCAAGAUUUUCCUACCUCCUCAAGUGGAGAGCAUACAAAAUGGCCAAGAAGUUGAUACCACAAAUGGCCAUGCCAAGAUUCAUUGAGAAUUAGAAAUCUUCAGGAUUUUAAGAAAUUUCAUGUCUCAAUAUUUGCCAGUGUACUGUAUCAUCUUGUGAACAUCUUGCGCAGGGUCAACUGGUGACAUGACAUCAUAAUGAGAUUUGUUCAUACAAAUAUAAGUCUGUCAUGAGACUUCAGAAAUGGUUAUUUGGUGAAGCGUUGUCUUUGUUUUUAAAAGUGAAUAUCUUGAAACUUCUAGAUGUGUAUGUACCUGUGUAUCGGUGCAUAUAAAAGGACACAGGGCUCCUUGAAGGAGAGGUUUCUGGCUCCGUAUUUGAGUGAAAAAUGCUUAAAAUAUGGAAAUAUACCAAUGAGGUAAUUGCUCACUAAAAUAUGGGGGUAAACAAAAUGCAAUACAAUACAGUUGACCCUGCAUGAUAUAAAACAAAACUUGAUAAUUUUCCUCACAUUUUUUCAUUUGUUUUAUAUAUCACAGUCUAUAAGAAAGAAGAGGUGUUAAACUUACCAAUGAACUAAAUUUAGAUCUAUAUUGUUGCCCAAUAUUUACUGGUAUUAACCCAGUAACUGAUUACCUGUUAAUCAUUGUGGUUGAAAUGUAUAUAAUAUGCAAUAGAUUCAACUACUAGCAUUGUUGUUUGAGAUGCAAUAAAGUGUAAUAUGUCAUUUGACCUUAUAUAGUAUGCUUUUCCAUACACCUGUUAGACGUGAAAUUAGUAUGUUGUCAUAACAUGGCAUAUGAUGAUAAAUGAUGCCUAUGAUGCAUUGUAAAAUAAACUUUAAUUUUCAUGGACAUGUAAUUGAUAUGUAGUUACAUAAUGAUAAAUGAUGUCAUAUUAUGAUUUAGUGUAAUGAAAUAUCACUUCAAAAAGGAAAUGUCGCAAACCGGUGACUUGUACUAUUCUAGUAUGGUGUCCUAUAAUGAUUCCAUACAAUGGUGGCAUGUACCUAUUCAUUGUCAGUCAGUUAUGUAAUGAUUAUAAUUAAUUGUUGUUAUAAGUUUGUUAAAAUGUAUAUCUUCCAUAUGUGUGGUGUAAUGUAUAUUUCAAACAAGGGCUUAAAAACUAUUACAUCUUUGGGAAGUCAUGUUUUUGAAAUAGUAUUUUAGAAAGUAUUUUAAACCUAAUAUUAUAGGUAAAUUCAAUAUUUUCAGCUUGUGUAUGAAUGUGCUAAUUUCCAAACUUUAUAUUAUAUAUUAUAUUUUAGGCCUUUUGUAACAAACAGAUAUAUUAGGUCGAACUGGUUCAGAAAAAUACAGUGAUAUGAAAUUAAAGUUUAACCUCCCUUCCUCAAAGAUCUAA